AAGAUGGCCGCGCCCAUGGCGCUCCAGCGUAACGUCUCCGCUCUAGAGUGCACACAGGGCGCCGCCAUCUUUCUUUGUUCCCCAGCCGGCUGAACGUGCCAUGUUGGCCUUGAAUAGGCAACGGCCUCUGAAGUCUUACGCAGUUAGCACAGCAUUGUUGCCUGUCCCUCGCAGCGAGCAGGUAGAAGCAUUGAGGUGGCCAGGAAAGACUUAGAUUCUUCCCGCAGCCGUUAUGGCCCCUCCCUUCAGAAACGCCGAGGUGGGCGUGGCCAUGUUACGUCAUAGAGCGGGCCCGCAGCCGGAACUCGGAAAUCCGGCAGCGCUCGGAGGUCCUCGCCGGACUCCCUGGUCCCAGCCGGUCAGCGUCCGUAGGGACCGCGAAGGAGGGCGUCCGAAUAGGAAGUGCUUUCGGACGUGGGCUCAGCCUUUUGGCGCUGCCAGGGAUGUCUGGACAGGUUCGGGAUCAGCCCACAGGUGCUGGCUCCCCAGGAGCAAGAGCCAUCAGGUGAAGGAAUGAGGGAAGAAAGGAGGUUCUUGGACUUGGAUAUCUUCAUUUCUGGGGACAGCUUUAACUGGACACCAAGAUUUCUGACCUUAAGAACCUCAUGGCAGAUGCAGGAGAGACAAAAGACUUAGAAUCCAUGUCACUUACUAUUUCCAGAGCACAGAAGAAAAUGAUCGAGGCCCAGGAAUCACUGACACUGGAGGAUGUGGCUGUGGACUUCACCUGGGAGGAGUGGCAGCUCCUGGACCCUGCUCAGAAGGACCUGUACCGGGACGUGAUGUUGGAGAACUACAGCAACCUGGUGUCAUUGGGGUAUCAAGUUACCAAACCUGAUGUGCUCUCCAAGUUGGAACAUGGAGAUAAACCAUGGAUAAUAGAGGAUGAAAUCCAGACUAGAACUUGUCCAGGAAUUGGGAAAGUUGACAGUCAUCUGCAAGAUGAGAUCUGCAAGACAUCUCAAAACCAAAGAUUUCUGAAGAGCAUGCCACAAUGCAGUGAACAGAAUGCAUUUAGAAAUAUUGUUCAUCUGAGCAAAACACAUGUUGCCCUAAUGCAAAGUCAUAUGUUUGACUUAUGUAGAAAAGCUUUGAAAUCAAGUUUAAGUUUAGUUAACCAGAAGAGAAGAUGUGAAAUAAAGAACUUUGUUGAGUUGAAUAGAGAUGAGAAAUCCUUUCUACAUGGUAAUCAUGAAAAGUUGUGUACUGGAAUUAAAUUCCCUGAAAGUGCAAAACGAAUCAGCACUAAAUUCCAAGUCUUGAAGCAUCAGGGGACUCACAAAAUAGAGAAACUCCAUGCAUGCAUUGAAGGUGAGAAAACCUGCCUUAGGAGUUCUCAGCUCAGUGACAAUGAGAGCAUUCACACAGGUGAGAAAUCCCAUGGAUGUGAUCCAUGUGGGAAAUCCUUCUCCAGAAAUGUCAUGUCCACAAAACAUCAGAAAACUCAUACAAGAGACAAACCUUCUACAACCAAUGAAUACAGAAAAGGCUCUACUGUGAAGAGCAGCCUCAUUGUAGGUCAGCAAACCCACUCAGGAGACAAAUCCUAUAUAUGCAGUGAGUGUGGAAAAGGCUUUACAAUGAAGCGCUAUCUAAUUGCACAUGAGCGAACUCAUAGUGGAGAGAAACCUUACGUAUGCAAUGAAUGUGGAAAAGGCUUCACUGUAAAGAGCAAUCUCAUUGUGCAUCAGCGAACUCAUACAGGGGAGAAACCCUAUAUAUGCAGUGAAUGUGGAAAAGGCUUUACCAUGAAGCGCUAUCUUGUGGUACAUCAGCGAACUCAUACUGGAGAGAAGCCCUAUAUAUGCGAUGAAUGUGGAAAAGGCUUCACUGUGAAGAGCAAUCUCAUUGUACAUCAGCGAUCUCACACAGGGGAAAAAUCUUAUAUAUGCAGUGAAUGUGGAAAAGGCUUCACUGUGAAGCGCACUCUCAUUAUCCAUCAGCGAACUCAUACGGGGGAGAAAUCUUAUAUAUGUAAUCAAUGUGGAAAAGGCUUCACCACGAAGCGCACGCUCAUUAUACAUCAGCGAACCCAUACAGGAGAGAAACCGUAUGAAUGCAAUGAAUGUGGGAAAGCCUUCAGCCAGAAGACGCACAAAUAUGGUCUCAUUACCCAUCAGAGAAUUCACACAGGAGAGAAACCCUAUGAGUGCAAUGAAUGUGGAAAAGCCUUCACCACAAAGUCAGUACUCAAUGUACAUCAAAGAACUCACACAGGAGAGAGACCCUAUGGAUGCAGCCAUUGUGAGAAAGCCUUCUCCCACUUGUCAAACCUUGUGAAACAUAAGAAAAUGCACACAAGAGAAAUGGCGCAUGUAUGCAGUGACUGUGGGAAAGCCUUCAUCAAAAUGUCUCAGCUCAUUGAUCAUCAGAGAGUUCAUACUAGAGAGAAACCUCAUGGGUGCUGUAUGUGUGGGAAAGCCUUCUCCAGAAAGUCCAGGCUCACUGAACAUCAGCGAAUUCACGCAGGACUGAAACAUUAUGAAUGCACCGAAUGUGACAAAACCUUCCUCAAGAAAUCACAGUUUAAUAUACAUCAGAAAACUCACAUGGGAGCGAAACCUUAUGCAUGUAGUGAAUGUGGGAAAGCGUUCAUCAAAAAGUGUCGGCUCAUUUAUCAUCAGCGAACUCAUACAGGAGAGAAACCGCAUGGAUGCAGUCUAUGUGGGAAAGCCUUCUCUACAAAGUUUAGUCUGACUACACAUCAGAAAACUCAUACAGGAGAGAAACCUUAUACAUGCAGUGAAUGUGGAAAAGGCUUCAUUGAGAAGAGGCGUCUUAUUGCACAUCAUCGAACUCACACUGGUGAGAAACCCUUUAUUUGUAAUGAAUGUGGGAAAGGUUUCACGUUGAAGAACAGUCUUAUCACACAUCAGCAAACUCAUAUAGAAGAGAAAUUGUAUACUUGCAGUGAAUGUGGAAAAGGCUUUUCAAUGAAGCACUGUCUCAUUGUACAUCAGCGAACUCAUACUGGAGAGAAACCCUAUAUAUGCAAUGAAUGUGGAAAAGGCUUCACCUUGAAGAGCCCUCUCAUCAGACAUCAGCGAACACAUACAGGAGAGAAACCCUAUGUAUGUAGUGUAUGUGGAAAAGGCUUCACCAUGAAGAGUGAUCUCAUUGUGCAUCAGCGAACACAUACUGCAGAGAAACCAUAUAUAUGCAAUGACUGUGGGAAAGGCUUCACGGUAAAGAGCCGCCUGAUUGUCCAUCAACGAACUCAUACAGGAGAGAAACCUUAUGUCUGUAGUGAAUGUGGGAAAGGCUUUCCAGCAAAGAUUCGGCUGAUUGGACAUCAAAGAACUCAUACGGGAGAGAAACCCUAUAUAUGCAGUGAAUGUGGAAAAGGCUUCACAGAGAAGAGCCAUCUCAAUGUACAUCGGCGCACCCAUACAGGAGAGAAACCCUAUAUAUGCAAUGAAUGUGGCAAAGGGUUAACCGGGAAAAGCAUGCUAAUUGCACAUCUGCGAACUCAUACUGGGGAGAAACCAUAUAUAUGCAAUGAGUGUGGAAAGGGCUUCACCAUGAAGAGUACUCUAGGUAUACAUCAGCAAACUCAUACUGGAGAGAAACCAUACAAAUGCAAUGAAUGUGGUAAAGCCUUUAGGAAGAAGACAUGCCUCAUACAACAUCAGAGAUUUCAGACAGGAAAGACUUCCUUUGCAUGUACUGAAUGUGGGAAAUUCUCUUUGCGCAAAAACGAUCUCAUUACCCAUCAGAGAAUUCACACAGGAGAGAAACCAUAUGAAUGCAGUGACUGUGGGAAAGCCUUCACUACAAAGUCAGGGCUCAAUGUUCAUCAGAGAAAACAUACAGGAGAGAGGCCCUAUGGAUGCAGUGAUUGUGGGAAAGCUUUUGCCCACUCGUCAAUCCUUGUUAAACAUAAGAGAAUUCACAGGUAGUCACUUUGGGAAAGCCUGUUGCCAGUUGUAGGCCCUCAAGAUAAUAGUAUGCAAUCAAGAAUAACUUAAUGCAAAGAAUGUGGUGGUGUGUUUAGUGAACAGUUACCUCAUGUUUUAUGUUGAAAAAAAUUACAAAACAACUCAAUCAACCUUGAUGAAAAUAUUUUAGAACAUAUGUCUAAAAAGUGUAUACUGAGAUAAAUCCUAUGAAUGUGAUGGACUAGGAAAGCCUUCAGUGGGCAGUAGACUCUAUCAUAUGUUAUCAUAGAUCAUGAGUGAGUGAGUAUUUCUAAUUGGUAGAGAUAUAAUUGUGGGAAAGCCUUUACCCAGAAGUAACACCUCAAUAAAUGUCGGUUCGCACUAGAGAAAUACUUUCCUUUGGCAAUGAAUAUGGCAGGGUUUACAGUAAUAUAUGUUGCCUCAUCAUUUGCCAGGAAAUCCAUACAGAAAUAACUUAUGAACACAUUCAAUGUAGUGGACUUUAGCAAAAUAUCAGACAACUUCAUGAUGGAAAGAUGUCUUGGGGAAAUGAUGAAUGAGAACAGUCUGUCACAAGUCUAAACAGAUAACACACCUCACAAGCAUUCGGGGACAGGAUACCUUCAACCAUAUUUCUAGUUGCCUUGUCAUUGAUUUUAUAAAUUUUAAAUAGUGGCAGUUACUCUCAUCAUGGAUUAAAUUUUAAUAUAUACAAUG